UUUUUUAUCCUUAGGAAAAAACACUUUAGCGAUGAGCUCUCCAUAUCAUAGUCUGAAAAAAAACAAGGUCCCACUGUUUCCGGGUCACAUGUCAGGUAAUAGACCAAUUCCAUUUCGACCACCUGACUACUCUGAUGAUGAGAACAGGCUUCUGGAAGAAAUCACAACUAGCAUGGCUCAGGAUAGGCAUAAGAAGCAUAAACACCUGCCUCACUUAAAUAACUCUACUAGUCCACCACAUAUGAAAAUUCCAGACACAGCUAGGAGUGACCUGUCCACAGAUAGGAGACUCUUGGACUCUGCAGUGCCACCCACUAACUCUGAGCUGAUGAGAAUCAUGAUGAAUAAGAUAACACUCCUUGAGCAAAAGACCAAAACACAAGAGACAGAAAUAAAAAAUAAAGAUCGGCAAAUUAAAAUCCUGGAAGAUAAAUUACAGAUUAUGGAAAAAGCUUGCAAGGACAACACAGGAACAAACAAAGCAAAAGAUUUAGAGACUCAUUGUUUGUUACUACAGCAGCAGGUGCAUGAAAUGGAGACUUUUUUGAGAGAGUAUGGAAUGGUAUGGGUCGGAGAGACACCAAACAGUAACUCCAAUGUUUAUCUUCCUGAGAGUGUAGAAGAUGAAAUUGAGGAGGAUGAUGAGAACAAUGUGACCAACACUUCUGUGCGGAGCUAUUCCCCUGACAAUUCUAUUGCUUCUUCAAACCCUUUUGGUGUUUGGAGGCAGGAUAAAUCUCUUCCUGUAAACCAGGCACCCCUGAACAUUGACUUCAAUUUGCUGAUUGAGAACAUAAAAGACUUAAAUGUUCUUGCAGGCGAAGGAGUUGCACAGAUUAAGAAGACUUCAGAUGGUGCUAGAUUUGUAGUUCCGGAUCCGGUACAACUUACAAUAUAUGCUAAUGGCAUUCUGAUGUUUGAUGGUCCAUUUCGUCCUUACACAGAGCCAAGGACUCGCCAGUGUGUGCAGGACUUACUUGAUGGUUACUUUCCAUCAGAACUUCAAACGCGUUAUCCAGAUGGAGUUCCAUUUGUGGUCACAGAUUUAAGAGGAACCCACUUCCAACCCAAAUCCAGCCCAGUAAUUUUCUCUGGUGAAGGUCAGACCCUGGGUGGAGAACACAAGCCAUCACAUCUGAUCCGCACACACCUACGAGAUUCUUCCAACAAAUUGCAUGUUCCAAACCCUCAAAACAUGAUCACUUCAAGUGAAGUUAAGCCAACAGUGUUAGUCACAUCUAAGUUGCCAGGAAAGCCUAUGACACAAAACCAAUUUCUAAAUAAGUUACCAAAAACUGUGAUCAAAGAUGGGAGAGUGAUAGACAUCAGAGACUCAGUGGCCAAGACUCUGGCAGGCCAAGACACUACCACCAGACCUCUUGUUACACUGGACAGCAAAGAAUCUACUGACACUUCUCCCACAGUGGUAACAUUGCCAGAAAGGCCUCAGUCUCAGCCUGGAAAGAUGACAACACUGAGGAUUCUGACAGAAAAUGGCGAGCAGGCUCUCAUUGUGAAAAUGAAGUUUGAUGAGACCAUAGGUGAUCUGCGGCGCUUAUUGGACACACACCGUCCACCCAAAGUACCUUACGACAUUGUCUCCACUUUUCCCAACAAAGUACAUAAAAACAACACUUUAACACUAGAGGCCAGCGGGUUGACCCCCAACGCUGUCCUCCACCUAAAAGCCCAGAAGCAGUAAAAAAAAAAGAGGAAAGAAAUGAGAGUGUGCUGGCUGUUGCACAAUUCAUUCAUUCUUAUUGCACUUGUUUUAUGUUUCAUAAGAUGUAAGUUGUAAAUCUUGUAGACUUUUGGCUCUAAACUUGUUGACAGAGCUGUAGCCUCCACAGGUAUUGAUGACUUUUUUUAACAGUCUUAGAAGCUGGAGAGGAACCCAACGCAUAAGGAACAAAAUCUUUUUUUUUUCCGUUGAGUUGGGUAUUUCAUUUGGUCAUUUCUUGAAUACAACCUUGGUAAAGAUUUGUGUUGUAGAAUGGUUUGUUAAGAUACAUUCAAUUACUUAGCAUAAUAUUAGUUUGAUGAACCACCUUCUUAUUUUACUAUUCAUCAGUUGGUGAGCAACAAAUGUUUAAUAGCACAAAAUGAAACUAUUUGUUUUAAAGCACUGAUUAAAACUCUUAGAAAUAGAUGAUGUGUUAGUGUGUACAAAGAAUCGAGUAUACAUGUAGGACUUUACUGUGGCAGAGGGAAGGUAUACUCGAAUUCAUGGGUCAGUAUUAUGUGUGCUGUGGCAGUGUUACAAUACAUAGAAUGAAAAAAAAAAUUUUUUAUAUAAAUAUAUAUAUAUUGCCUAUCUAUCAACUAUUUCAACAUAGUGAUACGGGUACUAGAAUUGAAAAGUAUGUUUGUGGAGCAUUAUAAAGCUGGCCAUUCUGUUGUAGAAUGCUAAAAAAAAAGGUUUCUAGCCAAAAUAAACAAUAUAUGUUUCAAUGUAGUGAAGUACAAGUAUAUAAUUAGGAUAACUUUUUUUGGCAAGACAUAACAGAGAGGUGGACUCAGUGUUCAAAGCUUAAAAGAAUUGGUUUUGGGAUUUUUUAACAUGAGUAUACAUUGUGACAAAUUGUGGAACAAAUUAAAAUACAAAGCUAAAAAGUAAAAGUAAAGUAUCCCUUUCAGACCUUGCGAUCUAUGGGGUAGAUGAUGUCAAGGUCAUCUGUUUCUAUGGCUGAUAGUUAAAAAGCAGGGUGUUGUGUGGCCAGCACAAUGACCAACUGCUUUUACUUUUCCCAAUUAAAGCCAGGUACCCAUUAAAGUUGGGUGGACUGGGAGGCGCCCUAAAAAUCCCAAAAUUAAAUCCCGGUCCUCAUCAAUAUUCGAACCCAGAACCCCAGGUUGAGAAGCCAAGCGCUUAAACACUCUGCCGUCGCGCCCCCUAUAUGCAAAGCUAGUUUGCAUAUAAUUUAUCCUUUUAUUUUUCAAAAACAAUAUUUUUGGCCUUUUCAUUUGAGAAUUAUUUUUAACAUAAUUUUUUACAUCAAAACUGCUGAAGUUGAAAUUUAUAAAUAUUUUUAUUCAAACAUUAUGUGACUGUGAUUAAAUUAAUAAAUUUCUCUAUUCAA